AAUGAACGUUCUCCAGCAGUUUAAAGCGACACCGCUGACGCUGACCAAGCUACCAGCCUCAUUCAUCGAGACGAUUCUGUCCGAAAGCGGACAAGUGCAUUCGGAUCACUUGCAAAGCACCACCCGGCAACCAUUCGGGUCGAGCAAUGUAUACAAAACAAGCAUUCUGCACUAUCGCGUUCUAGCUGAGGGUGACGAUAUAAAAACGGUGUACGAGACCGCAAUCAAACUUCCACCGAACAUGGAGGAGGAAUACUUUCCGGGUGAUGCAAUCGGAAUUCUCACGUAUAAUCUGGCCAGCGAGGUGGAUUAUGUGCUGGAUCGGUUACAUCUACUUGAAUCGGCCGAUCAAACGUAUGAAGUAAAGCUAGCCAAACCUAUCAAGAAGAAAAACCCGGAGUUGCCCCAUUACGUACCAAAGUACGUCACUCCUCGGCGACUUCUAGCGGAAUGUUUGGACAUUCGAAUUACACCCCGUAAAGGGUUGCUUCAAGCCUUAGCUAGCCAUACGGCUGAUGAAUGCGAAAAACGUUUGCUGGAGAUUCUGGCCUCAAAGGAAGGAUCGAACCUGUACAAUGAGCUGAUUCUCAAGAACGAGAUGAACUUCCUGCACAUGCUCAAGUAUGUGGCCAGUUGUAAACCACCGCUAUCGUUGCUGAUAGAACAUUUACCACGGCUGCAGGCACGACCCUACUCGAUAGCGAGUUACGGACGGGAGAAUCACAUCCGCAUUGCCUUCGCCAUGCUGAACGAUGGUCAUGUCGGUAUUACGACGCACAUGCUCGAAAGCAAGUUGCUGCAUCCGAGCAAAUGGGACAAAUAUCUGUACAUUUAUCUGCGUCAGCUGAAGCCCGUCUUCAACUAUCGCGAGGACGAUCUCGAACGUAACAUCGUCAUGAUUGGCCCGGGCACUGGUGUGAGCCCGUACAUUAGCUUCCUGGAGUAUCGCAAGCAAAUGAAAAGCUCCAAUCGGAAGAUAAAAAUGGGUUCUGCCUGGUUGCUGACCAGUUGCCGUUACCAGAAUCGUAACUAUCUGUACGAGAGCGAACUGAAGGGUUUCAUGCAAGCCGGUGUGCUGGAUCGAUUGCACGUAGCUUCGUCGCGCGAUGAGAACAGCCAGUACAAGUACGUUCAGGACAUCAUCGAGGAUCGAAAGGAGGAACUGAUUGAACUGCUGCUCGAUGAUGCGACCAAGCUUUAUCUGUGCGGCGAAGGACGAACUAUGCUGCCCCGCAUACAGGACACGAUAGUGACGUGUAUGAGCAAGGUGAAAUCGAUGCCCAAAUCGGAAGCGGCCGACUUGCUGGCCGAGUAUAAGAAAUCCGGGAAGUAUCUGUACUAUUCGAUGAUACGGUAUUGA